AUGGCCGACAUUGAGAUGGCAGAUGAGUCCAUCAUCGAGCUACACCCCUCCUGGGAUGCUGCUCUCAUAGUCUCUCACAACAAUACCCGGAAGAAAUUCCUCGUUUCCUCUCACAUUCUGAGAGUCGCUUCCAGAUACUUCGACUCUCUUCUCGCUUCCAAAUUCGAGGAAGGCGCCAAGACUCAGUCCGGAUUGAAGCCUGACAUCACCUUGCACGAUGACAACCCCGAAGCCAUGGAGAUGAUCCUCUCUAUUCUACACUACAAGUACCAGGACAAGUGGUACACUCUGAGUGCCAGGAUGGUUUCCGUCGUCGCUAUGCACUGCGACAAGUACGACUGUGCUGCGUCUCUCAGACCGUGGGUCAACCAGUGGCUCGCUAACUUUGGACAGGUGGAGCGUGGGGACGUUGGCUACCUCCUAGUCGCGACUGCCUCCCUUGGCGAGGCGGCCAAAUUCCAGAAGAUGUCCAAGGCUGCUGUCUUGCAGCUUCCGAUGAACUUUGACUUCAAAGCCUGGUCGGAGGAUGAGGUCCUGUCUGCUUUGCCGGACGGUGAGACCAUCAUCGACCUUGAUCAGAACCAAUCCGAGAUUGGCCUCAUGGACACUUCCCGCUGCAGCAAGUGCCUCCGCAUCUACAAGAGACACCAAAACACCCAUUGCCCCAAAUGCCCGCCUCUCAGUGGCCAACAUCCUGGAGUGGGUGAUUUUCCGGUCGUCUGCUCCUCCGAGACACGCGUAGCUGAGUGCACGCGCAUGUUCACCAAGUUGCAGCUGUACCCCAACGAGAAGGCAUGGCGUGAAGGUACCGUUGCCGAGAUUGCUCACCGGUUCAACAUAAUUAGGGAGACGAGCACUCACCGGUGUGACUUUGACCAGAGAUGCCCCCUGAAGAAGCGAUUGGUCGAGUUGGACGACGCGGUGGUCGAGGUGAUUGAUGGCAUCCGGGGUUGGAAGCUGAAGCCUCUUGCCGCGGAUGAUGCUACUGCCAAUGCUGACUGCGAGGACAAGGCCAUCAAGGAGUUGAAAUGCGAAGGCCUGUAG